GCUUCCUGUGAGGGCGAAAGCAAAUAAUGUAGUUAGCAAGCUGGCGAGCCACUACAUCGCUAGUGUAAUGGUAAUAACCGACGUCUUUGUCUAGUACGAGCUUCGGCUUUCUAGCUAUAUGGUCUCCACUGUGCGAUCGGCCAGCAACCCAGAAAUAUGCCGCAUAAAACGCUGGGACACAUCGUAGGUUUGCUUUGCACCGGGACCUACCUAGUGCAGUUUCAAAGGGUUGGAAAUUGCUCUCUGUGUCGUGCAGGGAAAGGAGUUUUGCUUCGGGGUCAACAAUGAGCAGUACCGCUGUGAGAUGGGCUACUGCUGCGGAGAGACGCACUGCUGCACCUACUACUACGAGCUGUGGUGGUUCUGGUUGGUGUGGACUCUGGUCAUCAUGCUGAGCUGCUGCUGUGCGUACCGCCACCGCCGGGUGAAGAUGCGUCUCCAGCAGGAGCAGCGCCAGCGGGAGAUCAGUCUCAUGGCCUAUCAGGGCGCCUCCAGCUCCUUUGUCUCCCCCCCGCCCAUCAGUCUGCGCUUCUGGACUGACUGCAAGCUGCCGGAUUACGAGGAGGUAGUGGGCCACCCCCCCACCCCGCCACCACCGUACUCAGAGAGUCCACUUGAGGUCCUUCCCGUCGCACAUCUUGUAGAGCCAUCAUCGCCGGGGUCCCCUGGGGGGGUGGGGCUUGUCCGAGAGCAGGCGGCCAGCCUGCCAGUUGACGACGCCGCGGCAGGGGCCUCUGGCCAGUCGGUGCAGCAGGAGGCGGAGCCGCCUGAUGCCCCGCCCUCCGGGGAGGAGAUGAACACCCGCCGUCGACACGUGACGGGCGACUCUGGCAUCGAGGUGUGCGUGUGCCAGAUAGAUGCUGGGGACGGCUUUGCACCUGGGGAGGAAGAGGAGGACCAGGAACGCCUUUGUCAGGGGGCUUCAGGCUCCUGCUGUGUUGAGCGCCUGUCCGGCGGGCAGAGGAAGGCUUCUUACGAGGCGCUGGCCCCGGACGCCUGCAGUGACGGAGAUGCUCUGGUGUGAGAGGGCUGCGGGCAAGUCUGGGGCUUCCUGCAGUCGUCCUCAUUAAUAUCCCUCAACCGAAAGCCUGCCCAGACUUCUCAGAAAGGGUGUAGAAAUAGCGCGUGGGUUCUGCUCUCUCGGACAGCUUCAUCGCCUUAAACGAGUCGUCAUGGUAAUAACGGUAAUUGCAGUGCAUCUGGCUUGUUUCCCAUCUUGUCCCCAGCCCCAUCUAGGCUGAAUGAACACAUUUUUUCUUUGCUGGGGAGGGACAUAACCCCCCCCCCCCCCCCACACACACACACACACACACACACACACACACACACACACACACACACACACACCACCUGGUUGUUUUGAAGAAAUGUAAUAUGGAACUGUGUGUAACUUUUCCCUCCCCAUAUGUGCCUCUCCCCCAGCUAUGAGCUUAUCUCCUGCUCCGUACUUUCACCCCCUUGCCAUUCUAGGGGGGGUCUAAAUAUGAAAUCAUGGAGGGGGUGGUGUUUCUCCUCUUGUCACUUCUUCUGCACAGGGAUCUCUCUUACACAGGCAGGAUUUUUUGGCAGGAGGCUUUGGCUGUUCUCACUCGGGUGUGUUGGCUGAAUGGGGGACGCCAACUCCUCCUCCCCUCACCAUUUCUCCCAUUUCAAAGACGUUUGGGAGAUGAAAUGAUAAACACGGGUGAGGGAGGGGGAGUCGACGUGUUGAGCACAGGGUGGGGGGGGGGGGGUUGGCCUUUAAAUUUGUUUGCCUGUCGGCCGUGUAGACGGAAGCUGACACCAACCCGCGAUGCCAUGUCUACAGCUCGUCUAUAAUUAGCACCCGGGCCACGGUGUGAGCGGGGGGCGCUAAAUGUCGUGCGGUGACAGGGUGGGUGUUGGCCGCCAUCCCUUUGGAGAGGAGGCAUCACUCGUAGUGGGAUUCGAAGGGAGAAUUCUGACACUUUCUACCUUGGUCGAAAGCAAUAUAGUCAACGAGGUUCCUUGAGGCAUCGUCUUUGAGUUUGGUCACUUUGUAGCUGAAGAUCAGGACCCGUUUGUGUGGGUGCGUCCCUGGGGUGUGUUGUGUUCGUUUAGCUUAUGCUCUGAGACCACUACUGUAAGAUGCACUGAGAGCUCAUGUUUAAGCUUGGGAGUGUGACGUGAACCCCGCCCCCCCCCCCCCCCCCCCGCCCCACUCUGCUCCUCGCAUUCAUGAUGCUUUUUUUGUUCCCACCCCCCCCACUCUGCUGCGCAAGAAGCGGUCACUUGUGUUGUGGCAAAUUAACAUGUUGCUGUGGUGAGGGGGGUGGGAAACUGUAAUGUUGGUUUCCCAUGACGUUCGUAAAGGACUGACAUGUAUAAGCACAAGAAUCUUCAGCCUUUUUUUGGGUGGGGGGAUGGUGUAAAUCUGUGGAAUAGCACUCGCCGUAACAGCACUUAUGCACAUCACCACUCCCUCCCGCCACCGUGAGAAGAAAAAAAAUUGGAUGACUGGUUGGUAUUAAAACAAUGCCAGCGAAUCCACAAGCCUGGUGGAUGAACGAGUGCCACCGAGGGUUAUGGGUAAUGACACCUUAUGGAGUUCUGCACUGCAGGUUGCAGUGGUGGGUUGUGAUGGGAACCAUGGCAGGUAUCUAUCCCGACAAAGGUCUGUUGUUUCGCUUAUCCUGAGAAUGGACUUGAUCUCCUGAGCUUCCGAAAAUAUGAAGCCCACAUGUGGUGGUAAUGGUUGAAGAUGAGGUUGCUGGUUCCCAUCAUCUUUAGAUCACAUUUGGAAAUAAAAUUAUUGCCCAACAUCGUUUGGGAUCUUGAAAACCCAGAGAAGUGUAUGUGUAAGAAGAACAUUUUGUUCUGGGAGUAACCUAAGGACAGAUGUAAAUAAAUGCAUGCUUUGUGUAGACUAAUGCAGUAUUUUUUUUCGUUCCCCUCCUUAAGUAAGUUGCGUCAGUAGCUGAUUGCUCCCAUUCUGCUAGCCAGGAUUUCCAGGUUCAAACGUUUCUGCUCUUGUUUACUAAAGACAAAAAGGGCUAAUAAAACCAGCAGACUCUCAUGAACAUCAUGUCUGUCUUUGACGUUUCAGACGGCAGGCACGCUUUUCCCGUCGGCAGUUCCCUUUCAACUCCGCCUUGUUCUCUGCCUGUCCCCCCCCCCCCAUGAUCUGCCUGUUCCUUCCCCCCCUCUCCGUGCUCUGUCCAGUUCCCCGGAGAGCCUGAGGUUUAGCCUACGCUCCUCGAAUUCCCUUCACACCACGUCAACGAGCACAAAAAGUUUUUUUUUUUUUUUUUUUUUUUUUUUAUAUAUAAACAACAAUGGCAAAAAAAAAGUUCAGAGGGCGCACAGUACCACGGCAGUGGGGGUUCUGUUCGCCCCUUUUCUGCUUGACACGAGCAUGUCUUGUUCUUCUCUCUGCUCAUGGUCUAAGGGGAAGCACUUGGUCCCUCAGCUGCCAGCUGUUUCCUGCUUUCAUAAUCUCUCCUGCAGGAGAAACGCCUGUUGACGCUCUGUCCAUACAAGCUGAUUUCUCGUCUUGCUCCGUAAGACUGCAGUGUUUUGUCUUGGACAAGAACACACUGUACUAUUAUUAGGGCAGUAGAUGUAUGUAUUUUGCAGUGACUUUAAAUUUACCCUUAUUAUCAUAUGCUACGAUGUGGGGAGCCUAUUUGUGUAUAAAUACAGGAAGACGGCAGUUUUCAUAUUUUCCACCUGCUCUGUAUUUCGGUAUAUAUUUCUGCUGUGUUCACUUUGGCUGCUACCAGCCCAGGCACCAGGCCUAUAAGGCAGUGUUUCCCAAACCGGCUUCUCAGGGACCCCCAGAUGGUCCAUGUUUUUUUUUUUUUUUUUUGGUCCCUCCCAGCUCCCUACCAUGAGUGGCGUUGGAGCUUACCUGUUAUCAACAGCUGGCUCGAUCGGACGCGUCUGCGAGCUGCUUGUCUUCUGACGGUCCGCUUGUGGUUCGGACCAGAUCUCCAUUCUGCUCCGUUCUUCCCAGAAUGGGAAUGGGUGUCUUUCCAGUACUUUCUUCCAGCAAACCCGUUACGCACACCAGAGUGUAGUGGGUGUUACACUGACCUGUGUAUUUUCUGGGCCUCACUGCUCUUACCACUAAACUUAGAAUAGUGGCUUCCACAAACUGGUAGCCCACCCUGCAGUUACCCUUCCCCCUGCACCCUGGGGGUGGUCUCCUCCCCUCCAUCACCUACCCUCCCUGUCUUUAACUCUACCUCUUGCCCUCUGUCCCACCACUAUCUCAGUCCCCCUCAGUACUGUACAUUGUUACUAGGCUAUGCAAAAAAAUUAUAACUCACUGGUAUAUGCUGCAAUAAUAUUUCAGUUUGUCCGUUUGCUUUGGUAGCAAUAUUUUCAGUACGUGCUGCACUGUACUCGAGGGGUACUUCGGCAUCAUCAAAAAAAGCAUUCUUGCCAUAUUCUUUCGUGUUUUUAUGCUCUGUAAAUACCUUUCUUGUUACCUCUGUUAAGGUGGCACUGAGCCAUUGUGUUUUUGUUUAAAUGCCCCCCCCAUACAGCUUUACUCAUGAUUUGAAUUGAACAGACGAGCAUCCCCUUCCCCAAAAAGACAGUAAAGGUGUUGGUGAUCAUUACGACUACUUGAUAUGUGGUUACGAUUUAAAAUGCGGCUUCAAACACUGGGGGUGUUGGACAGGAAGGUUCAUGUAUUUGAGCAGUAGGACCACAAAAUGUGCAUCUUUGAUACUUUUCAUAAAUACUGUCUCUUUCCUCACCAGUCUGCUCUCUACCCCCCAGCAGUUUUGAAACUCAAAAGUCACCAUCGCUGUCACACGGCAGCGGACUAACCACCGUGGACCUGCUUUGGGUUCAGCCUUACUGUGGUCUGCCCACGUUUCCCCAGCAGGCUGUGACAAAAGUUGUAAUCUGAGAACACAUACUGUGGAAUUAAAAUGUCUAUCGCACAUGUUUUAUGUGGGGCUUGUUUAUACACUUUAUUGAAGCUUUAUUUUGAUUGUGGUUGAUUAAUAUUCAUGGUAAUUUGCCAAAUUUCACAUUAAAAAAAAAGCUUGCGUGAAGAGGAAGUGGGUCUUCUGCGUCCUCACUUCCUGUCAAAAAGAUCAAGCCAAAACUCAAACACUGAAAUGUCCUUUUCUGAAUGCGAUGUUUGAUGUGUUGUAUACUUUGUAGCAUCAGCUUAUGGUUUGUAUUUUAUUUUUAUAAUAAAACAGUUGAACACAUUA